AUGUACAGAAGCUGCCUUUUGGAAAAAGAUCCGGGCAUGUACCCGGGCACUCUAAGGAGCCCCGUGGGAGGCGGCACCGCUGGGACUGGCGGCUCUGGGGACGGUGGGAAUCCCCCAGCCUCCAACUUCUCAGUGGCCCCCGCCUACACUCACUACAUGGGGUAUCCCCAUAUGCCCAGCAUGGAUCUUCACGGGUCAUCGCUGGGGGCCUGGGGCUCACACUACAGUGCCCCUCGGGAAGACUGGAGUGCGUACCCUGGGCCUUCCAGUACAAUGGGCGCGGUGCCCAUGAACGACGUGACUUCGAGCCCCACCGCUUUUGGCUCACCGGAAUACAGCAACCUGGGUCCCGCGGGCGGUGGAAGCAGCGGUGGCAGCCUGCCAGCCCCUGCCGGCGGGUCGCUGUUCCCCAUAGACGUCGGCGCAGCUGAAGCCAGUUCGCCCAGCAGAAGCCGCCACAGCCCCUAUGCAUGGAUGCGCAAGACAGUGCAGGUGACGGGGAAAACCAGGACAAAAGAGAAGUAUCGUGUGGUUUACACCGAUCAUCAAAGAUUGGAGCUGGAGAAGGAAUUCCACUGCAAUAGAUACAUCACAAUUCGAAGAAAAUCAGAGCUGGCAGUCAACUUGGGCCUUUCUGAAAGACAGGUGAAAAUCUGGUUUCAGAAUCGCAGAGCAAAGGAGAGAAAAAUGAUCAAAAAGAAAAUCUCCCAGUUUGAGAACAGUGGAAGCUCGGUGCAAAGUGACUCUGGCUCCAUCAGCCCUGGGGAACUACCUAACACUUUUUUCACCACCUCUUCUGCUAUCCAUGGAUUUCAGCCUAUUGAGAUACAAUAG